AUGACUUCAUCACCAGCAUUGAAAAUGGCCUCCAACAACAAGCGCCAGGAGACUACCCACGCCACCAGAUUAAAGCCAGCCCACAACCUCACAGGGAACAGGCCAGGUCAUGUGAUCAGCAAUGACGUCAUCACAGUCAAGUCUGUAGACGAUACACCCUCGCAGUCUGCUCGAGAUGUGUUCCUGGAUUUAGUACUGGCAUGUCUUCGAAGGAACGUAUUGCUGAUAGCAAACCUCACUUCCGUUACUCUGGGUGUUACAAUAGGACUGUUGUGUCGUCCUCUCAACCCGUCUCCUGAAGUGGUCACCCUCAUCUCUUUUCCUGGAGAGAUAUUUUUCAGAAUGUUGAAGAUGCUGAUUUUGCCCCUGAUGGUGACAAGCCUUGUUACUGGGCUAGCAAACCUUAAUGGAAAGUCUGCAGGCAAGAUCGGUCUGAUCACCACCGGCUACUACAUCUUCACCACCUUGGUUGCAACCCUCGUCGGCAUCAUCCUCGCCAUCUUGAUCAGGCCAGGUCAUGUGAUCAGCAAUGACGUCAUCACAGUCAAGUCUGUAGACGAUACACCCUCGCAGUCUGCUCGAGAUGUGUUCCUGGAUUUAGUAAGGAAUAUCUUCCCUGAUAACAUAGUUCAAGCAACAUUUGUAAUGAGUGGCACCGUGUACGUGAAGAUGGACAAACAAACUGCUAUACAAAAUGAACAAAAUUUCUUCAGUGGAAAAAACUCCAGCAAUAAUGAUACAGAUGUCAAAGAAGUUCAAGCAUGGACACCGACGUCCGUCUACAGGCCAGGGAUGAACGCGUUAGGUAUAUUAAGCUACUUCGUCAUUUUUGGAGUUAUCCUUGGUCGACUUGGAGACAAGGGAAAGGUCGUCUUGCAGUUCUUCGUAACUCUAAACGAUAUAACCAUUCAAAUGGUGUGGCUUGUGAUGUGGUAUUCACCAGUGGGGAUAAUGUUUCUGAUAAUAGGGAAGGUGUUAUCCGUGGAGGAUCUGACAAGCACGGCCCAACAGCUCGCCAUCUAUUUAACAACCAUCAUUGCUGGCGCCAGUUUCCAUGUUCUGAUACUCUUACCUCUGUUGUAUUUUGCUUUAACUAAGAAGAACCCGUUCAGAAUCAUCAGAGGAGUAACACAGGCGAUCGUCACGGCUCUUGCAAUUGCUUCCAGCUCUGCCACACUGCCAGUAACUAUCCGAUGCUGCGAAGAGAACCUGAAGAUGAACAAUGCCAUCACUCGCUUCGUACUACCUCUUGGGGCAACGAUCAACAUGGAUGGAAUUCCAAACGCUGCUAUUGUGACAUUGAUGGUCAUCCUGUCUUCUGUCGGUCUGCCAAUUGAGAGCAUCUCUAUCCUGCUGGCGGUGGAUUGGUUCUUGUACGUAUCAUACAGCCCAGGCCCCUCCCUGAUCUAUACCUCCUAA